CGUCCCCCCUAAACCGCACAACAACACUUUCGCGCAGCAUCGGUGCGGUUUCCGCCAGCUCCCGCCGCCAUGGCUUCCUCGCCCACCGCCCUGGCGCAUCCAAUGCCCCUCCGCUCUCCUGACGCCGCAACUAUCGACCUCCGCCAUCCGACACCUGAUCUGCAGUCGCUCCAAGGGGCUUACAUUGGCAACAUCGAGCGCUUGGAGGAACACGCGGAGCGCAUGAGCGAACAGGGCUCAGAUCUCGGGGAAGAGAUCCGCAAACUGCAACUCGAGCAGAAGCUUUCCGAGAGCCGCCGUUCGUCCCUCCGGUCCGCACCACCCGUCGAGGAGCACACGCGGCACUUCAGCACGCGAAGCCGCAAUGCGUCAACCAGCUCGUACACGAAUUCAAUCGUAGACGUCAAUGGCAACGCGCGAUGGGGCGGCUACUCUCCCGGUGGCUACGUGACUUCGCCCGUGGGUUCUCUGCGAUCCGGUUCCUUAUCGCAGGCUCCCCCCGCGCGACAGCGCUCAGAGUCGAAGACAUCGCGGCUUGGUCAGAUUGUGCAUGCCGAAGAGGAGGAAGAGGAACCGCAAGCAGCCGUACAGCAGCCCGAUUCACCACAAUCGCACCAAUCCGUUCGAUCGCCCUUACGAGACAACUCGCCGCCUCCGCCGAGCCAUCGGUCUGUUUCGUCGUUUACGCGGCAGUAUGACAAGAUUGCGCAGGAAAUCCAGGAUGAGUUGCAACAAAGCAUGACCCUGGAGGAGCAUCUCGGCCACCAACAGCUCCAUAGACAGCCAGCAUCCUUCGAAGACCAUCCACGCGCAGACUUCCCUGAUCGACCCGCGACGGCCGCCUCAACCGAUACAACGCAUAAAAUGCGCCACUUAUGGCAAGAUUUCGACGGCGUGCACUGUCCGGACACGGUGCCUGAAGAGGAACCAGAGCAAUCGCAUGCCAGCGGCAGCCGAGCGUCGUCUAUGCUCAAAUCCGCCCCGGAACUGCCACCUCAAGGCGCGCCGCCUCCCGAUGAUGGCAUGGUCUUCUAUCCUGCUCCGGUACCAAAAUUAUUGAACCUCCCACAGCGUCUGUCCAAGGUGCCAGCUGCCAAUGUGCAAGCGCGGCGGCGCACCCAGCUUCUAGAGUCAAUGCAUGCCGAAAACAGAAAAUCUGCUGCCUUGCUGCCGGAGGUUGGUGGAGAGCCUUCAAAGCCGAAUCGAAAGAGCAGGCAGAGCUUAGCUAACCUGCCUCCUCAGCUGCGUGCGAGUGCUUACUUUGAUCAGGUUGCGCCUGCACAGGAGUUUGAGGUUCAGGGUGAAUCUGCCGAAGAUACCCUGAACAGUAUAUUAGAGGCUUCGGCCCAUGCUCCGGUGUCCGCAUUUACUGAUCAUCCGUUUGCUGGCCAUGUAGGCGACGAAGUGUACGGUAGAGAACACAGGCGGAAGGUAUCAAAAGCGAACGAACCGGAGAAGAUCGAUAAUCGAAAGAGCCGGAGCUCUUUGAACCUUCUAGAUACGCGUCGGAAUUCCAGCGGCGACCCCUUGAACAAAUUGAAGAAGCGCAACAGCUCUGCGGAUCUCAACAUGCUCACAGUUCGGGCCAGCGAGAGCCGGAUGAGCUUGGGCGAUGAACUAGAACAUCCCGAUCCCGAUGCGAGAGGGCCUGAGCUUGGUGGCGACGAAACGCUAACCGGCCAUUCCGUCGACGGAGAACAUAUUCUCCCUCAAGAGGACGAAGAGGAAGAGGAAGGAGAAGAAGAGCAGGAGGAGCAAUUUUUCGGUCAACCCACGACGCUGCUCGCUGAACUGCAGAUGCGCAAGCAGCAGCAGAAGAGCCGCAACUUGACAGCUGCUACUGCAUUUCCAAAUGGCAUGCAUGCCACUUUGCUAGAGCUUGAUGCAGUGGCUGAAAUCGAGAAGAAGAAACGAAGAGGCCAGAAGGUCAACCUUGCGUGGGAAGCUCAGGCUCCGCCUGCCGAAGAUGACGACUCUGAUGACGAUGUACCCUUAGGCGUUCUCUUCCCUGGCCGCGACGGCCUAGUUAAUAAGAAGGCCGGCCCAGCUACGCAACAGGACCGGGAUUGGGAUCGUCCGCUAGGAUUGAUUGCACAGCGAGAGCUCGAAGACAACGAACCACUGAGUCGGCGUCGCACUAGGCUUGUUGGUGGUAGGCCAAGGGAUACUAGCCCUUCCAAACGACAAACCCAGCUUCUAGCGUCACAAAGCCAGCAGUACCUUGCUGUUCCCUCGACGACAACACCACACCCCGAAUCAGAGGAAGAUGAGGGAGAGACGCUCGCUGAACGCAUGCGCCGCAUCAGGGAACGAAAGGCGCUCGAUGAUGCUAUCGGUGUCGACGUUCGAAAGAGCACUGUCAGCGGCGAUUUCGCUGCUGAAAUGAUGAGUCAGUUCGGUGUGAACGAGGAAGAGAAGGCCAAACCCGCAGCAUCACCUGCGAACGAAGGAGAGGAAGAAACGCUCGGCCAACGCCGCGCUCGCCUCCAAGCCGAAGCCCUAGCCAGAGGAGAUGUCAAUCCUCGUGGAAGCCGCCCUCCCCUCCGAGCCUCAAUGUCUAUGGCAGACAUCCUUUCCUCGCAUCCCAUCGACCCGACCAACCAGGCGCGCAAAGUCUCCAACGAACAACUCUUAUCCUCCCUACCCCAAGGUAGUCUCCUGCGCCAGAACGCUGAGAAGCAGGAGCGUCUGAAAGCGAGCAGGCUCGACCAGAACAACCGCAUUUCCAGCUAUGGUAGUCUAGACCAGCCGCUCCUGGGAGGUAAUGUUGGCAAGGCGGUCGAGGACCAACCGAUUGCGGCGAAGAUCCAAGCAUAUAAAGAGAAGAUGAGUGGUGGCAAUACGCCAAUGACCGCCCCACCGACGAUGCAGCACCCGUCUAUGAUGUUCAACGGACAAAUGAUGGGCGGUCUAACACCCUCGAUGUCUACCAUGAACCUCCCGGGUCAAAGAGACAGCUAUUUUCCUCAACCUAAUAUGGGUAUGAUGGGGAUGAAUGGCAUGGGCGUGAUGCCGAAUGGCUUCGGCUUCCCCGGCAACAAUAUGAUGAUGGCACCCCAGAUGAUGCCAAUGAGCAUGAACAUGGGCAUGAUGGGCAUGCCGACGCAAGGCAUGAUGUAUCCGCAGAUGGGUGGCAUGGGCGCAAUGGCCGGUAUGCGCCAGUCAUCCAUGAUGAAUUUACCCACGAUGCAGAUGCAGCAGCCGGUCAUGGUGGAGGCGCCUAUGGAUCCGAGGCAGAGGGAUGUUAUUGAUCGGUGGAGGCAGAGUGUUAUGCCUUGACCGUAGUUGUGCCGAGGUCAUUGAAGCGUUAGGUAUCAGGCGUCACUUUUUGCAGCGUUUUGCUCUUAUGUUGGAUUUUGCGGGCAUCAUUUGCAUUGGAAUCAGGCAUUUUGUGGUGCAUUGCGCGGCGCUCUCGUCAUUGAUACAGGAGAAACAUGCUGUUGGGUAAUGCGUUGGAUAAUGUAAGCGUGUUUGGAAGGUUCAUCAGUCUUCUUUCUCAUGUAGACUCCUUCGGGCUCUAACUACUCUAACGCACCGCCUCCCCGCUAUGUUACUGCUUGAUAUAUCCGUCGAAGGCUUCUCUUUUCAGCCUACAUUCACAGGGGUUCAAAUCGUUCAGUCAGCCCCCUGCGCGUGUCCGUCUAAGAUGGAGCGCGAAGAUAUCGAGUAAGAAAGGGCACAGCUCCGCUGCAUGUGCCGCAAC